AUGGCCAAUGCUAACCUCACGUUCGCUGUAGAACUACCACUUGUAAUGAUGAUGGUGAUUAUUUAUAGCAGAGGCACGAACUCAGCGCUUCAAAAAUGCGGAGUUUCUUAUAGCAAGGUAGGAUGCUUUGUAGAUAAACGUCGACCAUUUAGAAACAUGCUUCUCGACCAAAGGAAAAACAUAGAUUGGCAAAACUGGAACGAUUUUCUUGAGCGCUUUGUGUGCGCAUGCGCGAACAAGACUGUCACUGAUGGUUGUGCAUAUUUCGGAAUUCAAUUUUGGGCAGAGUGCUGGGCUGGUGAGAACCCGGAUGUUGCCUACAAUUCUGAUGGUCAAUCAAAUUACUGCUUCGGUCACGACUUUUUGCCAUGCGCAAGAGUUUCAUCGAGCUGUGCGGGUGCCAAGGAUGUUAACUUCGUGUACAAAAUUGAAGUGGAUCAGCCUCCAGAUGCACGUUUUAAGACGAUAUGUCCAACGGUGGUGUCGACAAUCACGUGCCACAACGAUACCAAAAUUUUCAUCGAGUCCGUGAUGUAUGGAAGAACUGAUAACUUUACUUGCCCACCGACAUCAUUGUGUGAUCCAUCCAUUGAUCUGAGCAGGAAAGUCACACCAAUAUGCCAGGGAAAGAGCUCUUGUGAUAUUAACGGAUCUUAUGAUGGCCUGGAAAAACCGUGCAACACAAGCUAUUUUAACAUUUCCUACACCUGUAAAAAAAUUAACGUGACUGAGAUAAAAGAACAUCAUAUUGGCAACUUUGUUUGUCCAAAAGGGAAAGUAUUUGUCGCUCACAGAUUGGAAUGGCUCGGAAUUGAAUAUAUACUUAAAAGUCGAAAUAUAUCAGCACCAAACAGUACCAUUCCACUGGUUGCCACUUCAACAAGUAACUUGAGCAUGAUAUGGUCUACAAGUAAAAGUAACAGGAAAGUGUUACAGACACAAGUGGUUGCUAGUACAUCACUACUGGCAUCAGGGUUUCACAUAUCGUCGACUGCGCUUGUGACUCAAAAGAAAACAGCUACCACUCCUAGUUUGUUUACCAUGAUGAUCAAUUCUUCUUCAACUUCAGGAUCAGAAUCUUUGGCAGCAUCAUCAAGACCUUCGUCACCAUUACUUAAUUCUGUAAUGAAAUCACCAGGCGUAUCUGCAACAUUAUCAGAGACAUUAAUAACUGAAGGAUCUUUUUCUUCAUCGCCAUUACCAACGACAGCAGCACCAGUGACCACACCGUCUUUGUUAUCAUCAACCUUGUUAAAUCCAGUAAUGCUACCAUCAAUGACUUCAUCUCCAACAAUAGCUACUUUCUUUCCCCGACAGUCCACAGAAGUUCGACCUACAAAACCAUCAUUAUCUUUAAAAAACUCGCCAGACAAAAUAAAACACUGUUGUCAACGCUAUCAGCAACGACGGUCCCUAACGUAUCAGUGCCAGCUUUAA